GCAAGAAUGGAACAACAAUGAAACAAUGCAUAUGCUUGUGAUACCUUUUCUAAUAUUGCGGAAUGAAAUGUCUUGAAUGACGAGGCUGCUUAAAGCACCAAAAAAGAAAGAAAGAAAGAAAACAAAACUUCACGCUCCUCCCUUUACAAAGCAACAGCAGUGGGUGUAAAAGGAUCAGAAUGAAGAUAGAGGAGCAAGAUGAUGUGUUUCCCGUUGAGGAUGACCUGUUUGAGGAGACAUUUUCUGCAGAUUGUGCGUACAAAUUCUGCGGUCAAGAGUUCCAUAUUAACCAAGCUUUUAGCGCCAAUCUCGGUGUUGCUGCGCCUGUAUGGGAUGCUGCUCUCCACCUCUGUCGGUUCUUUGAGGAAAAUUCAGUUGAUCUGAAAGGAAAACGUGUUAUUGAGUUAGGGGCUGGGACUGGUAUUGUGGGCAUACUAGCAGCACGACUCGGAGCUGAUGUGACCAUAACAGAUCUACCACUUGCCAUUCCACAACUGCAGAGGAAUGUCUCAGCCAACAUGCCGCCCUCAGGCUGGCCUUCAACCACUCCCACAGUCGUACCACUGUCCUGGGGACUGGACCAAGAGAAAUUCUCCACUGACUGGGACCUGGUGCUAGGAGCUGAUGUUGUCUAUCUGGCCGACACUUACCCGCUUCUCCUGGACACGCUGUCUCACUUGUGUAAGAGUGGUGGUGUGGUGUACCUGUCAUCCAAAAUGCGCAGAGAGCAUGGCACGCCUGGUUUCUAUGACAACGCUCUACCUCAGAUGUUCAAAGUGGAACUGGCGCAAAGAGACCCUGAUCAUAAUAUUAAUAUCUACAGAGCCACUCUGAAGACUGUGGAGGCAUGAUCUACAGAAGCCUGAGAAAGACUGUUUUAAGACUAUGGAUAAGAAACUUGAAAACUGUUUUAUCAAUUUUUGUGAGUUUGGACUAAGUUACAAGUUCAGACUCACAGUAUGUUG